GGUGCACAGCGCCACUCACACUCGCACGCAUUGUUCUGUGUCCAGCUGUGCCUUGUGCCUCUGUGGGCUGAGAUGACGACAAACCAGUGUGUGGGUGGAGAGAGAAAUGGAAGAAAAGAGGGGGUCUCUGAUUCCAGAACAGUAGACUCUUCAUCACUUCACUUUAUCUCCUCGCGAGGUCAAUGUAUGGCGCCUGAGACCCUGGACCUUGCCCGGAAAACUACAAUUCCCAAGAUGCAGUGGUGCAGGUGGGCAGGCAACUGGAAAUCACACCUGCCAGGAAAGUUUCAACUGUUAUUGACGCAGCUAACAACUUACACAGUAGAGAACCAGUUCUAUCGCUGCUGCAGGGCAUCUCGGCCUGGCCCUAUUUUAGUUUUGUCUCUCAGAUUCUCCCUGUGUCGACCCCUCACCAUGCAGUCCUCUGGGCCGGAGCAGGACGACUCCUUCGACUUCCUCUUUAAGAUCAUCCUGGUGGGAGACUCAGACGUGGGGAAGACCUGCGUGGUCCAGAGCUUUAAGUCUGGUGUCUUCAUGGAGAAACAACAAAACACUAUCGGGGUGGACUUCACUGUACGCACCAUGGACAUUGAUGGCAGGAAGGUCAAGCUGCAGGUGUGGGACACGGCUGGACAGGAGCGUUUCCGCACAAUCACCCAGAGUUAUUACCGCAGUGCCCACGGCGCUAUAGUGGCCUAUGACAUCACACGGCGUCCAACUUUUGAAUCUGUGACACACUGGAUCCAGGAAGUGGAGCAGUACGGGGCUGCUAGCGUUGUUCUCAUCCUCAUUGGGAACAAGUCGGAUCUGCAGUCGGAGAGACAAGUGCUGUUUGAGGAUGCCUGUACUCUGGCUGAAGGGAAGGGUGCGCUGGCCGCCUUGGAAACCUCAGCCAAGGAGGCCCAGAAUGUGGAGGCAGCCUUCGUGCUAAUGGCCCGGGAGCUGAUGGUUAGGAACGGCCUGACCAUCACAGACGAACACUCACAGGCCUCCCCACACUUCCCAAACUCCCAUCCUAUCCAUGGCUCCGAUUCCACGGACAGGAAAUCAUGUUGUUGAGAGAAUUGAUGGGCAAGGUGGACAAGAGGUUGUUGUGCUGAUGGUCCUGAUAACUGUAUAAUUAACCUAGAGAGAAACUAUAAUUGUCUGGAAUCAACGUUGCUACAAAGCCUGCUAGUUUUAGACUGUCACAUUUAAAGGUGCUGUCAAGAAGCGUGUUGGGAUAAAGGCUAGGGGUUGGGGAUGUGUGUGUCUACUAUAUUGUGCGUUGGUGGGGAUGGAAUAGAUACAAGUACUGUAGUGAUGAUUGAGACUAUCACUGCCACUGAAAAGUCCCACUCCAGCUGUAUUUUUUACUUUUCCCAUUGAAACAAUAUUUCAAGUAUAAAUACAGUACACACAUUUAGGGGUAAAAAAAAUAAUGUUUUGAGCAAAAUAGUUAAAUAUUAUUAUUUUUUAACACAAUUGCGAAAUUCAAGAGUUUGCCAAAACAAGGAGUUGGUCUGAUGGUGCACUCUGAUGUCAUCGGAUUUUCCCUUUGCUUGCAGGAACAAUAGAGGAGAAAUGGACCACCUAUUUUGUUAAGUGAAUCAGGUGAUAAAUUAAGUUCUAGGGAGGCAGGAGUGGGUCUUUAACUGUAGUUUUAAACUUGGCUGCCAGUAGUCACAUGCACCUGUCCUUAAUGUGCUUGACCUGCUACUAUUGUCUAAAACGUAACCAGUAUUUAAUAACCAAACGUGGUAAAAGUAUCCUCUGGCCACCUGUGGUCUAUUGUAUGUGUCAAAAUGACUGGUUUCAAUGAACACUCCUAAUGUUUGAUCUUUUACCUUAAAAAAAAAAAUGUCCUCCAGUUUGUCAAAUAUACUGUUGCAUUGACAAUU